GUGCUGACUAUUCCAAAGCGGAAUUUCCAAUUGCCUUGAUUAAACUAGAAACAUUCUAUGGCUUGGAUGACUUACAUUUCAAAUUGGUUUGAGCAAGAUGAUUGGUAUGAAGGACUACAAAGAGCAAACAUGUCUCAGGUAAGACAAGUGGGAUUGCUGGCUGCUGGGUGUCAGCCGUGGAACAAAGACGUGUGCGCUGCCUGUGGAGACAGAUUCGCGUACUGUGCUACCCUGGCCAUCUACGUUUAUCAGUUGGAUCACCGUUAUAAUGAAUUCAAACUUCACGCAAUUAUGUCUGAACAUAAAAAAACAAUCACGGCUAUCUCUUGGUGUCCACAUAACCCUGACCUGUUUGCAAGUGGCAGUGCCGAUAAUUUAGUGAUCAUUUGGAAUGUUGCAGAACAAAAAGUCGUUGCUAAACUCGACAAUACAAAAGGGAUACCCUCUUCUCUCAGCUGGUGCUGGAAUGCCAACAAUGCUGUGGCUUUUGCCUCCCACCGAGGUCCACUGUUCAUUUGGACCAUUUCAGGACCAGACACUGGAGUGACUGUACAUAAAGAUGCUCAUAGCUUCUUGUCUGAUGUCUGCAUAUUCAGAUGGCAUACCCAAAAAAAGGGAAAAGUUGUAUUUGGUCAUAUUGAUGGAAGUCUAUCCAUUUUUCAACCAGGUAACAAAAGUCAGAAACAUGUUCUGCGACCUGAAUCUCUUGAAGGGACAGAUGAAGAGGAUCCAGUUACAGCCCUGGAAUGGGACCCACUAUCUACUGAUUAUCUUCUGGUGGCUAAUUUGCACUGUGGAAUUCGCCUGGUAGAUUCAGAAUCUCUUUACUGCAUAACAACAUUUAGUUUUCCCAGCGCGGCAGCUUCUGUGCAGUGCCUGGCCUGGGUUCCCAGUGCCCCUGGGAUGUUUAUAACUGGAGAUUCUCAAGUGGGCAUUUUACGCAUUUGGAAUGUUUCAAGAACAACACCUAUUGAUAAUUUUAAAUUAAAGAAAACAGGAUUUCACUGCUUACAUGUACUUAAUUCUCCUCCAAGAAAAAAAUUUUUCAAUCUGUCUCCAGCCAGAAAUCAUUAUACAUCCUCAACCAGUGAAGCAGUUCCACCCCCAACCUUGACACAAAAUCAGGCGUUUUCUCUUCCUCCUGGUCAUGUCGUGUGCUGUUUCUUAGAUGGAGGAGUUGGACUUUAUGAUAUGGGAGCCAGGAAGUGGGAUUUUCUUAGAGACUUGGGACAUGUGGAAACUAUCUUUGACUGCAAAUUUAAACCUGAUGAUCCCAAUCUGUUAGCAACAGCUUCGUUUGAUGGCACAAUAAAAGUCUGGGAUAUAAACACACUAACAGCAGUGUACACGUCCCCCGGCAAUGAAGGGGUUAUUUAUUCCCUUUCAUGGGCUCCAGGUAACUUAAAUUGUAUUGCUGGAGCAACUUCCCGAAAUGGUGCGUUUGUUUGGGAUGUUAAAAAGGGCAAAAUGGUACAACGAUUUCAUGAGCAUGGAAAAAAUGGAAUAUUCUGCAUUGCCUGGAGUCAUAAAGAUUCCAAAAGAAUAGCAACCUGCAGUGGUGAUGGUUUCUGCAUUAUUCAAACAGUUGAUGGUAAAGUUCUACACAAAUACAAACAUCCAGCUGCAGUGUUUGGUUGUGAUUGGAGUCAAAACAACAAAGACAUGAUAGCCACUGGCUGUGAAGACAAAAAUGUUCGUGUCUAUUACUUGGCCACCAGCUCUGAUCAACCACUGAAGGUAUUUAGUGGACACACAGCCAAAGUGUUCCACGUUAGGUGGUCACCCCUGAGGGAGGGCACCCUUUGCAGUGGUUCUGAUGAUGGUUCUGUUCGAAUCUGGGAUUAUACUCAAGACGCUUGCAUAAAUGUUCUUAACGGACACACUGCACCUGUGAGGGGAUUACUGUGGAACACUGAGAUUCCAUACUUACUGAUAUCUGGCAGCUGGGACUACACCAUGAGAGUAUGGGACACGCGGGGAGGAGUUUGUUUGGAAACUGUGUCUGAUCAUGGUGCUGACGUAUAUGGUCUAGCAUGCCAUCCGAGCCGCCCAUUCACUGUGGCCUCUUGCUCCCGUGACUCUACAGUGAGACUCUGGUCAUUAACACCUUUAAUCAUGCCUUUACAAAUAAAUAUUCUGGCAGACAGAUCUUGGGAAGAAAUUAUCGGAAAUACUGAUUAUGCUAUAGGACAAGGGGCUCCUCCUCUGUUGUGUGGUAAAGUGUCAAGAGAUAUUAAACAAGAAGUAGAGAAACUAACUGGCAAUCCUCGAGUGAAAAAACUACGAUGGUUUUCAGAAUGUUUAUCACCUCCAGGUGGCAGUGACAAUUUGUGGAACUUAGUUGCUGUGAUAGAAGGGCAAGACGACAGUUUACUCCCUCAGAACUACUGUAAAGGAGUAAUGCAUUUGAAACACCUGAUUAAAUUUAGAACGUCUGAAGCCCAAGAACUAACAACAGUCAAGAUGUGUAAAUUCGGUGGAGGUGUUGGUGUGCCUACUAAGGAGGAAAGGCUGAAGGGAGCUGCUGAAAUACACUUGAGAUUAGGACACAUUCAGAGAUACUGUGAGCUUAUGGUUGAACUUGGAGAGUGGGACAAAGCCUUGUCCAUUGCUCCAGGGGUCUCAGUGAAAUACUGGAAGAAGUUAAUGCAAAGGAGAGCUGAUCAAUUAAUCCAGGAAGAUAAGGAUGAUGUCAUUCCAUACUGCAUAGCCAUUGGUGAUGUGAAAAAAUUAGUCAAUUUUUUUAUGUCAAGAGGUCAGCUUAAAGAAGCUCUGCUUGUUGCACAGGCUGCCUGUGAGGGAAAUAUGCAAACCUUUCAAGUGUCCACACCUAGAGGCCCUUCGUAUUCUGAUGACAGCUACAGGGAAGACUUCAAGGAGCUCCUGCACACGGUCAGUAAAGAACUGGCAGAAUGGUAUUUUCAGGACGGGCGUGCGGCGCUAGCCGCUUGCUGCCACCUCGCUGUAGAUAAUAUUGAGCUUGCUAUGGCUUACCUGAUUCGUGGAAACGAGCUGGAGUUAGCAGUCUGCGUGGGCACAGUCCUGGGGGAGCCUGCGGCCCCCCAAAUGCACUAUGCCCUGGAAUUGUUGGCAAGAAAGUGCAUGUUGAUUCCAACAUGGAAUUUGGCAGCAGAUCUUCUCAUGAUGAUUCCUGAUAAUGAACUACAGUUAGUAAAACUCUGUGCUUUUUACCCCGGGUGUACUGAAGAGAUAAAUGACCUUCAUGAGAAGGUGUUUGAUGAAAAACUGCUGACUCAUCAGUGCAAGCUCCCCACAGUAGAGGAAUGCAUGCAGUUAGCUGAGGCAGCCCAUGCAGAGGGCAAUGUAUUUGAAACUAUAAAGUAUUAUUUGUUAAGUGAAGAACCUGAAAAAGCCCUUCCUUUUGGUAUUGACUUCAUGAAAGAGCACAUGGGUGGUUCAAACUGGACUUUGGAUACCAUUUACCCUGUUCUGGACCUACUGAGCUAUAUUCGUACUGAAAAAUUAGUCUUGCAUACGUGUACUAAAGCUCGCAAUGAAUUGCUCAUAUUAUGUGGUUAUAUUGGUGCAUUACUGGCCAUCAGCAGACAGUACCAAAGCAUCGUGCCGGCACUUUAUGAGUACACAAGUCAGCUAUUAAAACGUAGGGAAGUGUCAGUGCCUUUAAAACUCGAACACCUUUCUGAGGAAUUGGACGCGUGGAGAGCUUGCACACAGUCCAUCUACGGGUCCUCGGCAGCAGCCCCGCGCACUCCCCCUGCCGACUCACAAAGACUGGUGUACGCGGCUCUGCUGAAGCGGCUGAAAGAAGAGCCACUCAGAGGGAGUGUCGGACCAGAUUACGUGACUGGGUCAAAUCUUCCCAGCCAUUCUGAUAGUCACCUCUCUUGUCUUACGGGAUUAAAAAUCCAGGGCCCUGUAUUUUUCCUGGAAGAUGGGAAGUCCACUAUCUCGCGGAAUGAUGCUUUGAUGUGGGCGAAGGUGAAUCCAUUCUCGCCUUUAGGGACUGGAAUACGACUCAACCCAUUUUGACAGAAGGUUUUUCUCCAUGCUUAAUCGUUUUUUAAAAACCGUUUGUGGGUUAGUAUUACCUUAACCUUUAUUGUCCAUGAGCUAAAGUUGGGGGAGUGGGUAGGGAAUAACAAUUGACUUUACUCAAAAACUUCAAAAAAUAAAAUAUUUAUAAAAUUUCAAGGAAAAA